AUGGUACUGUCGAUCAGAAUCUACAAUCUCAGAAAACUAUGUACAGUUUCAAGCAUCGCUUUCGUCGCAAACAGAGACAUCCUCGUUUCACAAACAACGCCUAGCAUCUCAUCCCUCAAAGCACAUGUUCCCAAUCAUAUAAACAUGCCCCAACUCAACUCUCAUCUCAAACAAUUGGUCAAAACGGGCCAUCUUAACGAAGCUCGUCAAAUGUUCGACGAAAUGCCUCACCGAGACGAAAUUUCAUGGACAACCAUGAUUUCUGGUUACGUCAAUGCCAUGGAAUCAUAUGAAGCAUUGCUUUUGUUCUCCAAAAUGUGGGUCUCACCUUGGCUUUCUAUGGACCCCUUCAGUCUUAGCAUUGCGCUCAAAGUUUGUGCACUUGAUUUUAAUUUGAGUUAUGGAGAAUCACUUCAUGGGUAUUUAGUUAAAUCUGGUUUUAUUAACUCAGUUUUCGUGGGGAGUGCCCUUUUAGAUAUGUACACAAAGUUUGGCAAAAUUGAGCAAGGGAUCAAAGUGUUUGAUGGGAUGCCUUUCAAAAAUGUGGUUUCAUGGACUGCUAUUAUUACAGGGCUUGUUCAUGGUGGGUAUUUCAAGAAGGGUUUGGCUUACUUGUCUGAAAUGAGGAAAUCAGGUGUGGGAUAUGAUUCUUAUACUUUAGCUAUUGCUUUGAAGGCUUGUGCUUAUUUAGGUGCUUUGAAUAUGGGGAGGGAGAUUCAUACUCAUACUAUAAAGAGAGGUUUUCAUGAUACGUCAUUUGUCGCCAAUUCUCUUUCUACUAUGUAUAAUAAAUGUGGGAAAUUAGACUAUGGUUUGCAUUUGUUUGAAAAAAUGCACUCACGGGAUGUGGUUUCUUGGACAUCUAUUAUAACUACUUAUGUUCAGACAGGAGAAGAGAAGAAUGCCAUUGAGGCAUUUAUAAGGAUGCGAGAAUCAGGCGUGAGUCCUAAUGAGUUUACUUUUGCUGCUGUCAUCUCUGGUUGUUCUGGUCUUGUGAGAAUUAGUUGGGGUGAGCAAUUACAUGCCCAUGUUUUACAUAUUGGUCUUGUGAAUUCUUUAUCAGUGGCUAAUUCCCUCAUGACCAUGUAUUCAAAAUGUGGGCAGAUAUCUUCCGCUUCAAUGGUAUUUCAUGAAAUGACAAGAAAGGAUAUCAUUUCCUGGAGCACUAUAAUUGCAGUGUAUUCUCAAGGAGGCUGUGGGGAAGAAGCUCUUGAGUAUCUGUCGUGGAUGAGAAGGGAAGGGCCAAAGCCAACUGAAUUUGCUUUUGCUAGUGUGCUGAGUGUGUGUGGAAAUAUGGCUAUUCUUGAGCAAGGGAGACAGGUUCAUGCUCAUGUUCUUUCUGUUGGUUUAGAACAAGAUGCGUCAAUACAGAGUGCUUUAAUUAAUAUGUAUUCAAAAUGUGGGUGUCUUAAAGAAGCUGAAAGAGUCUUUAAUGAGGCUAAGAAUUAUGACAUUGUGUCAUGGACAGCCAUGAUUAAUGGAUAUGCUGAACAUGGAUAUAGCCAUGAAACUAUUAAUUUGUUUGAGAUGCUUUCCAAGGUUGGUUUGAAAGCAGACUCUGUGACCUUCAUUGGUCUACUUACUGCUUGUAGUCAUGCAGGACUGGCGGAUCUUGGUUUCUACUAUUUCAAUUUAAUGAGUAAUGAGCACCAAAUAAGUCCUUCAAAAGAACACUAUGGCUGCAUGAUUGAUCUGCUCUGCCGAGCUGGACGAUUAACUGAAGCAGAGCGCAUGAUUCGAAGCAUGCCAUUUGAUAGAGAUGAUGUUGUUUGGUCAACUCUUCUUAGAGCAUGUAGAGUCCAUGGUGAUGUUGACUGUGGAAGACGCACUGCAGAAAAGCUUCUUGAAAUGGAUCCAAAUUGUGCAGGGACUCAUAUCACCAUGGCUAACAUCUAUGCUGCCAAAGGGAAGUGGAGAGAAGCAGCAGAUGUUAGGAAGAUGAUGAUCAAAGGGGUUAUCAAGGAGCCAGGAUGGUCCUGGAUUAAGGUUAAGGAUCGGGUUUUUUGCAUUUGUUGCUGGUGAAGAUCUUAUCCAGAGGGUGAAUUAAUAUAUGGCAUGUUGGAUUUACUGGCUUCAAGGGUGAAUAUGUCUGUCCAGGAGUUAGGUUCUCUUCUAGAUUUAGAGGAUUAGCAUGAGAUGAAGAUUCAGUUCCAUUUUUUCAUUAUAGGUUUUGGCCCCUUUCCGUUGAUGCUGUUACCUGUUGAAAGCUGCAUUCAGCAGCAGCCAAGAGCUAAUCAGUAGUUAACAAUAAUGACAUACAACAAUUAGUACUUGGUUUCUGCGCAAACAAAGUUAUGAAGACAAGGUCUCCAUGGAGCUGAUCAGAGAGAUCAUGCAAGAUGGUGCUACUGGUGCUUAAAAGAAAUUUGAAGUUAAAAUGAGAUGGCAUCUUUAUAUGCAGCUUAAAUUAUGAAGUAAGCAGCAAACAUGUUGCACUAGAUGGGCGCUGAUAUUGGGGUAGGUGGAUAUAACUGGUAUGUUGCUUUCCUGUGCACUUAUGCGCUGCUAAAGGCAAGCAGUGGCAGUCUGCAUUUCUCCAACUCUUCAGAACAUCAGAAUUUUGCCCGGCUUCUAGUGUAGAAUUUGGCUCUCAUUUGAGCAAGAUUUGCACUUUAUAGUCCAAGACAAGCAGUGACAAUAUUCAUCUCUUCGGCAUUCGAGGCCUUCAGAAUUUACCCGGUAUCUAGCAAAUUAUUUAACAUUCUUUUGAGCAAGGUUUUUGAAAGUUACAAUCACAUCAUAGUUCAAGGACGUUGGCUUCUUAUGGCAGAGUCUCUGAUGACUGAUGUUUUUUGUUGGAAUGCAUUACUUGGAUCAUCCUUUUACCUUUUUUGAAAGAGGAGAGGGGAGUGGGGUUUGCAGAUUCAAGGAGUUGAUCAACAAGGUUAAGAGCAGCUUUCUGCGGACCUAUUCCCAGUCUUGCGCAAGAAAGUUUGUGGUGACAGUUUUCAGUUUUUAACUAGGGAGUGGAGCAGUUAGAUUCAGUAUGAGAUCAAGUACUUGUAUCACAUCAAAUGUUUCAGAAAAAAUAGAUAAAGAGUAUUUCAAGUCAAAUAUUUUAGACAAAGUAUUUCAAGUCCUGGUAGAUUUUGAGAGAUUAAUAAGCGUGGGAUGCUGUUGUGUAUCCCAUCAAGUGGUUUUUUGGAGAGAAAAUAAUGAUGUGUGACAGUUGAACGUGGU